UGUCAAUAUUGUCAAAUCACUAACAUAACCUAAGUUCUUACCUAACCUCGAAACCGAAAAUUCCAGCAAAAUAAUAAUAAAACUUAAUUAAUUUACAUUUUUGAUACAUCUAAUACAUAAUUAUAAAUGCGUAUUUUCAUGUACAUAUAAGUGACAAUGUCUGCAUUCAAAAGAGUACAGCAAUGGGCCACCUUCGCACGUACUUGGCACGUAUUCGAUUGCAAGUGGCAGGAUCCUUACGAAUCAGCUUUUAUUAUAAAAAAAUAUUUAAUGGGUUUACAUAAACCUAUAUACCAUCCUAUGAACGAUUGCGGAGAUGUAGUAGUAUGUAUUAACAGUCGAGAUAUCGCACUUAGGGGUGAUGAGUGGCGAAAACGUGCAUACUUCCAUCAUACUGGGUAUCCUGGUGGUGCAACAUGGACCCUGGCUUGGGAGCUCCAUAACAAAGACCCGACUAUGAUUAUUAGAAAAGCUGUGUACAGAGCAAUGAAGGGAAAUUUACAAAGGCGUCAUACAAUGGAACGCUUAUUCAUUUACCCAGGUGAAGAUGUUCCUGAUGAUAUUAUGCAGAAUGUUACAAAUCAGAUAAGACAAUGGCGUUUAGUACCUACCAGACUUGAUCAUAUACCUGAAGAGGAAGUGAAAAAAUUCCCCAAGAUCAUGGAAUAUCCAGAAGAUUAUGUUUUAAAAUGAGUUGUUUGUUUUUUUUUCUUCUGUUAUGCAUUAGCUAAAUAAGGUUUAGUUAGUAAAUAAAAAUAUAAAAACAGUGUAA